AGGUUGUUUAUUUUCGCUAUAAUCUUUCGCUAUUCUCACAGUUCUCACUCACUCGCUUUACGCAACAACAACAAAACGCUCUUUGCUCUCUCUCUUUCCUCAACUCCGCGGCUUAGAUCUGAGGAGUUUUGGAAACCCUAAUCCACCGUUCUCGUCAUCAACCUCACCGCGCUUUUUCUCUCCGAUCAUCUACUUUUUCACAUCCUUAAGUCAUGGCAGGAGUUGCACCAGAGGGUUCUCAGUUUGAUGCUAAGCAAUUUGAUACCAAAAUGAAUGAGUUACUCACCACUGAAGGACAGGACUUCUACACAUUUUAUGAGGAGGUUUAUGAUAGUUUUGAUGCUAUGGGCUUGCAAGAGAAUCUUCUCAGAGGAAUUUAUGCAUAUGGUUUUGAGAAGCCAUCAGCUAUUCAGCAAAGGGGAAUAGUUCCAUUUUGCAAGGGACUUGAUGUUAUACAACAGGCUCAGUCUGGAACGGGAAAGACCGCUACCUUCUGCUCUGGGAUUCUGCAGCAACUUGACUACAGUGUAACAGAAUGCCAGGCCUUGGUCUUGGCACCAACACGUGAGCUUGCUCAGCAGAUUGAGAAGGUUAUGCGGGCACUUGGAGAUUAUCUAGGUGUGAAGGUGCAUGCUUGUGUGGGAGGGACCAGUGUUCGUGAGGACCAACGUAUUCUGUCAAGUGGUGUUCAUGUUGUUGUAGGUACCCCUGGUCGUGUAUUUGACAUGCUGCGCAGACAGUCGCUUAGGCCAGAUUACAUCAAGAUGUUUGUAUUAGAUGAGGCUGAUGAAAUGCUUUCUCGUGGUUUUAAAGACCAGAUCUACGAUAUAUUCCAGCUGUUGCCAUCUAAGAUUCAAGUGGGGGUUUUCUCUGCCACAAUGCCUCCUGAGGCGCUUGAGAUCACAAGAAAGUUCAUGAACAAACCUGUGAGGAUUCUUGUGAAGCGUGAUGAGCUUACCUUGGAGGGUAUUAAGCAAUUUUAUGUCAAUGUUGAUAAAGAGGAAUGGAAGCUUGACACACUCUGCGAUCUUUAUGAGACAUUGGCUAUCACCCAGAGUGUCAUUUUUGUGAACACCAGACGGAAAGUUGAUUGGCUAACUGACAAGAUGCGAAGCCGUGACCAUACAGUCUCAGCAACACACGGAGACAUGGACCAGAAUACUAGAGAUAUUAUUAUGCGGGAAUUCCGUUCUGGAUCUUCCCGUGUUUUAAUAACUACUGAUCUUCUGGCUCGUGGUAUUGAUGUGCAGCAAGUGUCUUUAGUUAUAAAUUAUGAUCUCCCCACACAACCCGAAAACUAUCUCCAUCGUAUUGGUCGUAGUGGAAGGUUUGGUAGGAAAGGUGUUGCAAUUAACUUUGUCACGAAGGAUGAUGAAAGAAUGCUGGGUGACAUCCAGAAGUUCUACAAUGUGUUGAUUGAGGAGCUUCCUUCCAAUGUGGCUGAACUUCUGUGAUGAAAUUUUUCUUCCAUCAUACUAGAAGGAAGUUGGUUUCUGAGUAAAAAAUGGUUCAAUUUUGGCCACUUAUUUUCAGUUGUGAACUUUCUAAUUGUGGUAUUGUCAAGUAGCCGGGGCAUGGCGUUGCAAUUCAGAAAUUUGAAUACAACUUGUAAUCAUUCUGCAAUUCUGCACUAUUCAAUCAAUCAAUUAGACGUUGUGGCAUUAUAAAACUUGAAGCAGAAUUUAAAAAAAAACCACUUAUGUAAUGACAUUAUAUUACUGAUCGUUUAAUCUUCUACUAGUGGUGAUUUUAUUUUGA